AUGACUGAAUAUUCAAAUUAUAAUUUUGAUGAAUUUGAAUUUUUUUUGGAUUAUGAUUUUGAGCAAGAUUAUAAUUCUGAACAAGAUUAUAAUUUUGAAUCAAGUUACGAUUUUGAACAAGAUAAACAAAAUCAAAAUGAAUCAGAUAAAUCUAGUGAAGAAGAUAAUUAUAACAAUAAACGUCCAGUUUGUUGCAAAUGUCAAAGUGUUUUUGAAAAAGAUACUGGUAUUUCAACUUUAAAAUGA